CGCCAGCCCCGGCCGGCGGCCAUCUUUCCUCCCGGCGGCUGCUCCCGGUGCAAGUGCGGGGUCCGCGGCCCUGCCGGCGCCCUCGGCCUCGGCCGGACCAGUGGGGAGGCGUGGAUGAGGGGGGAGGUGAGGAGGAGCCGCCCUCCCAGAGUCGCCGCCUCCCCCGCCCGAGGGCAGGCCGGGCGGGCAGAGCCCCCAGGGCGGGCUCGGGGUCGCUCCCCGCGGCGGUGUAGUCCCCCCCGCAGGAGACCCCUCCUCUCAGGAGACCCCUCCCCGCGGGAGACCCCUCCCCGUAGGAGGCCCCUCCCCCCGGGAGCCCGCCCCGCCCGCCCCUCAGCUCUCAGGGUCGGGGGCUCCUCCCAGAUGGGAUAAGCUGUAAAGAUGUUUAGUUUCGAAGGGGAUUUCAAAACGAGGCCCAAGGUGUCCCUCGGAGGCGCCAGUAGGAAGGAAGAAAAGGCAUCUCUUUUACAUCGUACUCAGGAAGAAAGAAGAAAGAGAGAGGAGGAAAGGCGAAGAUUGAAAAAUGCAAUAAUUAUACAGUCAUUUAUUCGAGGCUAUCGAGACCGGAAACAGCAACACUCCGUCCAGAGAAGCGCGUUUGAUCGCCACGCCAGCGCCUCGCAGUCCGGUGGCACUUUCUCCAUUGCCAGUGGUCCCAACCUUACCCUUCUGGUGAGGCGGCUUCUGUUUUUCUACAAACAGAACGAAGACUCAAAACGUUUGAUAUGGAUGUAUCAGAACCUAAUUAAACACAGCUCUCUGUUUGUCCAGCAGUUGGAUGGGUCUGAGAGACUCACAUGCUUAUUUCAAAUAAAGAGAUUGAUGAGCCUCUGUUGCAGGUUAUUGCAGAACUGCAACGACGACAGCCUGAAUGUUGCACUUCCAAUGAGAAUGCUUGAGGUGUUUUCGUCUGAGGACACUUACUUGCCUGUUUUACAGGAUGCCAGCUAUGUGGUGUCCAUCAUUGAACAGAUUUUGCACUACAUGAUUCAAAAUGGGUAUUAUAGGUCUCUCUAUUUGCUAAUUAACAGCAAGCUUCCAUCAAGUAUUGAAUAUUCUGAUAUAUCCCGAGUUCCUAUAGCAAAAAUUCUGCUAGAGAAUGUUCUGAAACCAUUGCACUUUACUUACAACUCGUGUCCCGAAGGUGCAAGGCGGCGGGUCUUCACAGCCUUCACCGAGGAGUUGUUGGCAGCACCUUUCACAGAUCAGAUUUUUCAUUUCAUCAUUCCGGCCUUAGCGGACACGCAGACCGCUUUCCCGUACGAGCCCUAUCUGAGUGCGCUGUCGUCGCUGCGGAGCAGGUGUCCCCAGACGGGCGGCGGGGCGCCAUGGCUCUUCUUCUUCGUUCUCACCGUCGGCGACAAUUACCUGGGGACCCUCUCUGAGGAAGGACUGCUGGUGUACUUGCGAGUGCUCCAGAACUUUCUUUCUCAGCUGCCGGUGUCCCCCGCCAGCACAAGCUGUCAGGAUUCAGCCAGUGACUCGGAGGACGAGGGUGAAGAGGCAGACAAGCAGCCCAGCGCCCCGGAGGACGGUCGACUCUCCGUACCGUACAUCACAGAGGAGUGCCUGAAGAAGCUGGACACGAAACAGCAGACCAACACCCUGUUAAACCUGGUCUGGAGGGACUCAGCCAGCGAGGAGGCCUUCACUCUAAUGGCGUCCAUCGGCCACACACUUAUGGUGCAGCAUCGGAUGGUGGUGCCCAAAGUCAGGCUUCUCUACAGCUUGGCCUUCAAUGCCCGGUUUCUGAGACAUCUGUGGUUUCUCCUGUCUUCUAUGACAACUCGGAUGAUCACGGGGUCUGCGGUGCCGCUGCUGCAGGUGCUGUCCCGGGGCUCCCCGAUGGCUCCGGAGGACUCCAGUCGCAUCAUCCCUCUCUUCUACCUGUUCAGCUCUUUGUUCAGCCACUCACUGAUUUCCAUACAUGACAGUGAGUUCUUUGGGGACCCCAUAGAAGUCGUAGGUCAGAGACAGUCGUCAAUGAUGCCUUUCAACCUGGAAGAGCUCGUAAUGCUCUCUCGCUGCCUUCGGGACGCCUGCCUUGGGAUCAUCAAGUUGGCUUAUCCGGAAACCAAGCCAGAAGUUCGGGAAGAGUACAUCACAGCGUUCCAAAGCAUCGGAGUCACAGCUAACUCGGAAAUGCAGCAGUGCAUACAGAUGGAGCAGAAACGAUGGAUCCAGUUAUUUAAGGUCAUCACCAACCUCGUGAAGAUGCUGAAGUCCAGAGACACGAGAAGAAACUUCUGUCCUCCAAACCACUGGCUGUCGGAACAGGAAGAUAUUAAAGCAGAUAAGGUCACCCAGCUCUACGUUCCGGCUUCCAGACACGUGUGGAGGUUCCGGCGAAUGGGGAGGAUCGGCCCCCUGCAGUCGAGCCUGGACGUGGGUUUGGAGUCCCCGCCGCUGUCUGUCUCUGAGGAAAGACAACUCGCCAUCCUGACAGAAUUGCCCUUUGUGGUUCCAUUUGAGGAGCGAGUCAAGAUCUUUCAGAGGCUGAUUUAUGCAGAUAAGCAGGAGGUGCAAGGGGACGGCCCAUUUCUGGACGGAAUUAAUGUGACAAUAAGAAGGAAUUACAUCUACGAAGAUGCUUACGACAAACUUUCCCCAGAAAAUGAGCCCGAUUUGAAAAAGCGGAUCCGCGUGCACCUGCUCAACGCGCACGGCCUGGAUGAAGCUGGCAUCGAUGGCGGCGGGGUUUUCAGAGAGUUCCUCAGUGAGCUGCUGAAGUCGGGGUUCAACCCCAAUCAGGGGUUCUUUAAGACUACUAACGAGGGCCUUCUGUACCCCAGCCCAGCUGCUCACAUGCUCGUGGGAGACUCCUUCGCCCGACAUUACUACUUCCUGGGCAGGAUGCUCGGAAAGGCUCUCUAUGAGAAUAUGCUGGUAGAACUGCCCUUUGCCGGCUUCUUCCUGUCCAAACUGCUGGGGACCAGCGCCGACGUGGACAUUCACCACCUGGCUUCGCUAGACCCCGAAGUGUACAAGAACCUGCUGUUCCUCAAGAGCUACGACGGCGACGUGGAGGAGCUUGGGCUGAACUUCACGGUGGUGAACAACGACCUGGGAGAGGCACAGGUGGUUGAGCUAAAGUCUGGUGGCAAGGACAUCCCCGUCACCAGUGCCAACAGGAUCGCGUACAUCCACCUCGUGGCUGACUACAGGCUGAACCGGCAGAUCCGCCAGCACUGCCUGGCUUUCCGGCAGGGCCUGGCCAACGUGCUGAACCUGGAGUGGCUGCGGAUGUUCGACCAGCAGGAGAUCCAGGUAUUAAUUUCUGGUGCACAAGUUCCCAUAAGUCUCGAGGACCUAAAAUCCUUUACGAACUAUUCAGGAGGCUAUUCUGCUGACCACCCUGUGAUCAAAGUCUUCUGGAGAGUUGUGGAAGGAUUCACAGAUGAAGAGAAGCGCAAGCUGCUCAAGUUUGUAACGAGCUGCUCCCGACCCCCUCUUUUGGGGUUUAAGGAGCUGUACCCCGCGUUCUGCAUUCACAACGGAGGCUCUGACCUGGAGCGGCUCCCCACGGCCAGCACCUGCAUGAACCUGCUGAAGCUCCCCGAGUUCUACGACGAGGCGCUUCUGCGCAGUAAGCUUCUCUACGCCAUCGAGUGCGCCGCCGGCUUCGAGCUGAGCUGAGCGAGCGGCCUGACCCUGCAGCGCGGGCAGCGCCCCCGCCGCCCCCACCCCACCCCCACUGUCUAGAUGGUCCAGUAAGUCACGGUCACGCACGCAGACGGACACCGCCUCUCAGAUAACUUAGAGUAACAAGGGUCCUGUGCCACGCGGCCGCGUUAGUACUUUCGCCGACGAGAGCUUAGGUUUUGGACUAGCGGCGACUCAGUGAAAUUAACCAAAGAUGAAGCUUUGGCUUUGCCGGUGGCCUCGGCCUCCCCGCCGGCCUGGCUCCCGGGAGGGGGAGGGAGGGGGAGGGCGGGGCGCUCGCGCUCAGGGCCCCGCUUCUCCUGCGGCUGAUUGUUUACAAUCCUUGUUGAAACGAAAGGCGUUCUCUCUCCUGCUGCCUUUUCCCAAAGUGGUUAGGUUUGGAAAUACACACAUAAUAGUUUAUUUGUGCUUUCUAAGCCAUUCCCUGCACGGGCGCAGCAUGCUUGGGUCGGUGCCGGUGCCAGGGGCGCACCGCGGCGGCCUGGUGCUCGUGCGUGCGUGCGUCCGCCGGGCCGCGCCUGGGGCCGCAGCUGCCGGGAGGGGGUGCGGGGAGGGCCCGGCCCCGCGGCGCGCUGGCCCCUGGGAGGCGGCGGCGCAGGGAGGACAGACACUGGCAUCUGAGUCACUUGAACCAAAGUGGCGGCUGCGGCUUUGCACUCGGAGUGGCCCGCUGUGGCCGGGCGCCCGCGGCUCACCGCCCUCCCGCCCCGGGGCGCGCGCCCCUCUCUCGGGACCCGCGGGGUCGCGCGCCCCCUGCGCCUCUGCGCCUCUGCCCCUCGACGGUGCUGCUUCAGAAGAAGACCGGACGGCCGGCCCCAGGCGCGGCCCGGGAGGCGGGGGGAGUGUCGGGAACUCUCUUAAAAAGGCACUUUAUCGGGACCUUCCUUGUUGCUGGGUGAUCCCGGUCUCUGAAAACGGAGAGCGCGUCAGAGCGUCGGCCCUGAGGGCCCCGCAACCUUCCCGACCCGGGAGGGGGCGUGCAGGGGGCACGGUGGGGGGGGGGCAGCACCUCCUUCCCCGCCUCACGCAGCGUUUCCUGCCUGCCGCAGGGGGCCUGGGCCGUGCUGUGGAAGUGACCAGAAUUAGCAAUAUGCUUUUAAAUGCGGGGACGCUGAAUGACACUUUUAAGACAAUGACCAUAUCAAAACAAAAUGUAUAAUUUCAUAAUUUGAAUAAUAAAUUAAGUGUUUAAAUGCUAUUUGUAGUCUGGAUAUGCAGAAAUAAAGUAAUUAGGGUUUGUCCUUGGUUUUAUUU